UUGUCUCCCCUGCCCUCUGUGCUCUGAGUUCUCCUGCUGGCUGAAGGCAAUUACUCUUCUGUCUGCUGCUGAUAGCCUGGCAGCGCAAUUAUAUCAAUGGACAGCAAGUUGUGCAACUGCAGACUGUGCAAGUGGUCAAUUCUUGGACUGUGUGGAGAUGGGGGCUCACCUUGGGUUGUGAAUGGAUGACUUGCAGCAUCUGGAAGGCUACAGGUCACAAGAGCUGAAAAAUGCCGAUGGACAAAAAUGUGUCCACGCUCUCCAACUUCUCCUUCGCCUCCUCGCUAAUGAGAGAGGAUGGGAAUAAGAGCUUAGAAAUUGCACCCCAGCAGGUGGCGGUUGGGUUGUUACUAACUGUGAUCGAUUUGGUCACCUUCCUGGGAAAUACGGUGGUUUUUAUCUGCCCCGCUGUGGAGAAGAGGCUGAGAACUGUAACAUAUAUGUUCAUUAUGUCGCUUGCCAUGGCUGAUCUCCUGGUGGCUUGCCUGGUCAUGCCUUUUAGUAUAAUCUAUGAGGUGACCGGGAUGUGGCUAUUUGGAAAGCAGUUCUGUAAGGUCUGGAUUUCAUUUGAUGUCAUGUUCUGUACGGCGUCCAUCGUCACCCUCUGCUUCAUCAGUCUGGACAGAUAUUGUUCGGUGGUUACUCCCUACCAUUAUUCCAAGAGGAUGUCACGUCACAGAUGUAUCGUCAUGACGGUAACAAUAUGGGUAUACUCUUCACUGAUAUCCUUCCUCCCUGUCAUGCAAGGCUGGAAUGAGAUCCCUGGGAUUGACUUUGACAAUGGGAAGGAGUGCAUCUUUGUGACCAACUGGACCUUUGCCAUUGUUGCCUCCUCCCUUGCUUUCUACAUCCCCUUCAUGAUCAUGUGCAGUAUGUAUUUCUUCAUCUACAGAGCUUCCAGGUUAAAAGCCACUCGUAUUGUCUCCCAGACACUGGACCUCCAUUACCACCCAAACAGCAAGCGCCAAAACAACUUGCAACUGGAGAAUAAAGCCACUAGGACCAUGAGUAUUAUUAUCUCUGUAUUUGUUAUGUGCUGGCUUCCAUACUUUGUCCUGAACGUUUUGAUAGCUGCAAGGGGCACCAGUUCCACCAGCACUGUUCUCGUGAAUGCCUUUAAGUACAUUACAUGGCUGGGGUACUGCAAUUCCACCAUCAACCCCAUGUUGUAUGCUUUUCUCAACCGUGACUUUCAAAGAGCCCUCAAAAAACUCCUCAUAUGUAGGCGAUGGAGGACUCAGGUGGACAUCGGAGAUGACAUGGUCUCUAUAGUGACCUUUUCCAAGACUGCUCAAGAUCCAGAAUAUAACAUACAACAUAAGUUACCAAUAUCUAACUGUGUCUUGAAGAACAAACAAGCCAUUAAAUGCCCUCCAACAGCACAAUGCUAACCAGAGGACAUCAGUUCUUGUUUUUUAUACUUGUAA